AUGCCUACGCGGAAUAACCAAAUAACCACUUCUAAAUUAGGGUAUACAAGUUGCAGUGAAUACCAGAGGAAGGAGUGUCGCAUGCUCUGCUCUUAUCGACGCUUUCCGCAAUGUGCCUCAUCAUGGAUGAAUCUUUGCCAAUUCAGCACCUCAAUCCCUAAUUGUGUGGAAACAUUCUAUCGAAAAGAUCUCAUCAUCAAGCAAGCCCCACCAAAUUCAAGAAAGCCUCUACCGAAACAAGAUGAACCACUUGGUUUCGUAAAGGUGUACACCGACCACAUGUUGGAGGUCGAUUAUGAUGAGGAGAAAGGCUGGACAAAACCGAUUAUUCAUCCCUACUGCAACUUCUCACUGGAUCCAGCAUGCAGUGUUUUUCACUAUGCCACUGAGUUAUUCGAAGGCAUGAAGGCUUAUCGUGGUGACGACAACCAUAUUAGGUUGUUCCGUCCGCACCUCAACAUGGCUCGGAUGAGGAAAACAGCAGAGCGAAGCGCAUUCCCAGAUUUUGAUGAAAACGAGUUGCUGGAAUGCAUUAAAGAAUGGUUGCGCAUCGACAAAAAAUGGAUACCAAGUCAAAAAGGAGCUUCACUCUAUAUACGUCCAACAAUGAUUGGUACUGAGGUUUCGCUCGGUGUACAUUCAUCUAGUGCAGUGAAACUAUUCGUCAUUGGUGGGCCAGCCGGGCCUUACUUCGAGUCAUUUGAGCCAAUCACUCUACUAGCCGAUCCCAGAUACAUUAGAGCAGCCAAAGGAGGUGUGGGUACAUACAAAAUGGGAUGUAAUUAUGCACCAACGCUGAAGAUAGCCGACAUAGCAGAGGAGAAAGGCUGCCAUCAGGUUUUAUGGCUAACAGGAGAUGAACAGUAUGUUACUGAAGCAGGAGCUAUGAACUUCUUUGUAUACUGGAGAAAUGAGAAAGGCGAAAACGAACUUAUUACUGCUUCGCUAGAAAGUGGGAUAAUUCUCCCAGGCGUAACACGUCAAUCUAUACUGGAACUUGCCAAGGAAAUGAGCGGUAUCAAAGUGACGGAGCGCGAUUAUACCAUGGGUGAAUUACGGAAAGCUGUGAAAGAAAAGAGGGUGUACGAAAUGUUCGGUGCCGGAACAGCUGUCAUAGUAAUCCCGGUGGACACAUUACUUUACGAAAACAAUGGGCAAUGUGAAAAGUUAAAAGUUCCUAUGAUAGACAGUGAAAAGUCUGUUAUGCAAAAGGUGUAUAAAACUAUCGAAGGUAUUCAAUACGGAAGAAUAUCACGUCCUAAAUGGACUGUGGAAAUUUGAAACAUCUGCUUCUACAUUUUCAAAAAUUAGACGACUCUCAUGACAU